AUGACGGGACUGGAGAAUGUCGGCGUCCGCUCGAAGCGAAAGGAGAGGAAGCACUAUGAUGAACACCAGGACUAUGACACCCGCUGCAUUUGGGAAGCCUUUGGCACUCCGUCGCGCUCGCCGUCCCCGACGGCGUCACGGCCAUCUUCGCCGGCGGGAGCAGCGGGCCGAGUGCUGAACGCAGGCUUUUACGAGUUGCACGAAGGCGGACGACGGGCGCACGGCUCGUACGCCCACAAGGAUCGUCAGGUCCCGGCGCUGGGGACCCAGGUGUGGCAAUGCAUCGUGCAGGCCAGGAGCGUUUCUCCGCAGGAAGCCCGUGGUGGCUGUGAUCUAUCGACGGAGUAUGGCUUCCAACGCCGCAAGCCGAAAGUGCCGGCUUCGGCAGGCCAACAGAGUUCCAUUCUCCUCCAGUGGUCGGAGCUACCGAUCGACGCUGACCCCGUGGCGCACGGCAAAAGUCACGUGGGACACUUCGGGCAGGACUCGCAGCAGACGUUGGACUGUUUGCAGAUGAAGCGGUGCGGAGGAUACACCAAGAGUCCCAGGAGUGCUACCAGUCCAGUCCCCGACUCCAGCAGGGUGAACGUGGAGGACAUGCGUCCUCCUGUGUUAUGUCAAGAGGAGGUCCGAGCCGGUAUGGCUCGCCGCGGGGGACGAGGUCUGCGCGCGACCUUGCCGAACCAGACCUUGAGGUCCUGUCAAACCAGCCCAAGAGAUGGUCCGCUCUACGAUGAUCUCCGAGUCGAGAAGCACUUACCCAGUCGAGGUGGGAAGAAGGUCUGGAUCCCAGGGAUCGACUAA